AUGCUUCCGGCCCGCCAGCCGCGGCGGAGGGCUUCCGUAGGCGGGCCGCAGGCGCCGCCCACGCCUUUCCCCAGCGAGCCGCACUGCGCCGCGGCGGCGCCCGCGGCCGCCCCCGACUGCGCGGCGGCCCCCGAGGCGCGGGGCAGCAGCGCUGCUGGCGCGCCGCGGGCGUCUGCCUCGGAGGCGCACGACGACGCCACUGCCGCUGCGCUGCAGGAGCUGCUGGAGGAGAUCAGGCGCUCGCUGCACCAGCGGCUCGAUCGCCUCGAGCGGCGGCUGGAGGAGCACAUCGAGGCGGCGGAGGCCCGCUCGGCGAGGCUGGAGGGCGAGGUGAGAGUCCUGUCUGGCGCGUGCGGCUCCUCUGGGCCGCAGCUGGAGCGCGGCGGGCCGCCGCCGCCGGCUGUCUCGCCGGAGUUGUGCUGCAGUCUGAGCGGUUGUGCCACCAGCCAAGCUGGCGGGGCUCCUCGGGCUGACGGACCCCUGCACGGCCUGCCCCAGCCGCGGCCAGCGCCCGCCCGCCAAGUGCAGUUGCCGGGCGCCCGCGCGGCCUGCGGUGGCGUCGAGGACCCCGGCCGCGCGCCUCCCGCGGGGCCCGCCGGCCUCGGCGCCGCCGUGCCGCCGCCCGCGGCCGCGCGG